AUGGUUUUGACACAAAAAGUUCAUCAUCUUCUUCAUCAGAAGAAUCUUCAGAGGAAGACUAUGUGUUUGUUGAAGAUGAAGUUACAAGAGAAGACACACAAUCACCUACGUGUGAAGAUGAUGAUGAUGAUGAUGGCUGCAACUGGUUUUUCACAUGAUGAGAAUACUAUGGUUUCACCUAAGGUUCACCUAAGCAAGAUUCCAGCAGAAUUUAAAACAAGAGCUUCACCUGGCUUGAAGUUUAUCUGCUGUGAUCUCCAUGACACCAUCUGA